UAUUUGGGGGGCCAAAUCACUUGCCUAACCCUAGAACCGCCCUUGUGCCCUUAUUUUGGAUUAGGAGGAGAUGAGUCAAUUCUGUGAUGUAAAGGACGGACAAAUUGGAGGCGGUAAUGUACUGGUGCUUGCUGAGGAUGUUAUGGUACCAGUUAGUGUGGUAUCCAGUGCAAUCAGCAUCGUAAGGAAAGAGGGGAUUGAGAAGUUGGACCCUAAUAUUAUUACUCAAGCUUCAUCCCAGAGCCUGACAUCAGUGAAGUCUGCUUCUAUGGAUAUCGUUGCUCUCAUCUGUAGGUCCCUCGAGUUUCCUAGUGAUAAAUUGUGUGGGGACAUCUCAAGAGUGUUGAAGCCAGGUGGAACAGUCCUACUUAGUCUAAGUUCUCAGUUAAUCUCGAAGGAAAAUUCUACCCAUGAGCGCACAUUAUUGUUGGCUGGAUUCUCUGAUGCACAGUCAUCUGAAGCUGGCCACUCUUUCGUGAUAACAGCAAAGAAACCUUCAUGGAAGGUUGGUUCAUCCUUCUCUAUCAAGAAAGUCACAAAAAGUUUGCCGAAAGUUCAGAUUGAUGAUGAUUCAGAUCUCAUUGAUGAGGAUAGCCUUCUCAGUGAAGAAGAUCUGACGAAACCUCAAUUGCCAAGUGUUGGUGAUUGUGAAGUUGGAAAGACAAGGAAAGCAUGCAAAAAUUGUACGUGCGGAAGGGCUGAAGCUGAAACAAAAGUGCAACUUGGACCAACGGCGGAACAGCUGAACAAUCCACAGUCAGCCUGUGGCAGUUGUGGUCUAGGUGAUGCUUUCCGUUGCAGUACGUGUCCUUAUAAGGGUCUUCCUCCGUUCAAACUAGGCGAAAAGGUAACGCUUUCUGGGAAUUUUCUUGAUGCUGACAUCUAAUUGCAGAUGAUAACAGUCGAUAUGAGAUUGCAGAAACUGUUAUAAUUAGUUCAAAAUUAGUUUGUUCAUUUUGGUUGAGGUGAGAUAAGUGAAUGUGUAAUAAGUGAGCGAAAUAGCAGUGGACUGUGAACAUAAAGGUCUCUCUCUCACCCCUUGCUCUGGUAUCUUGUGUAUAUGAUCAUUUGGUGUUUGUUGCUCGAUUGGAAAGAAAAUGAUGAACACCAGGAGGAUUGGUGAUCUCGAGUGUGAAAGGUAGAGUCUGACUCGCAAUUCUUAGCACUGUGCGUUUGCUCGCUUUUUGCCAUCAUAUUGUUUGGUUUGAUUUGGUUU